CCUGCAUCGCGCGGUAACGCCGCUGUAAGUAGCUGUCUGAGUCCGUCAUGAGCGAUGUCGUCCAGAUGCACGUGGCGGAUACAGUAUGAUGAUGCAGCAAGCCGCGGAAGAUGGGGCGCCUCCCCAGCGCUGCCUGGCUCGUUCCAUCGUCUUUCAUGAUGUGUGCCAAAGCUGUACUCUGCACUUUCGAUCGGCCGGCUGUCGUAUAUAAGGACGGCUGCAAGACACUGCGCCUAGUUGUAUCAGCCCUCUACUGGAGAUUCGAUAUCGUGUGAUCUCAUCUCGGGCUUAAGUGGUCCACCCUGUCCUGUCGCCGAACGCUGUGGAUCACAUACUCUCUACCCCGACGGACGUCUUUGUCAUCGCCGCUUCCCUCGCUCUCAUAAUCUAUCUUCGGACAACAUGCACUACACCAAGGACGACAGCGCGAAUGCCAGCACGCCCGUGGAGUUCAUUUUCAUGGGCACCGGAACGUCCUCUUGCGUUCCGCACGUAGACUGCCUGACCCGUCCUCCGGAAGCGGAGCCUUGCCUUACUUGUCUCUCUACUCUGACUCCGGAGGGAAAGAGGAAUGCAAGGCGAAAUACAUCUGCGGUGGUGCGGCUGCGUAGCGCCUGUUCGGAGGAUGUCACCAUCCUCAUUGACUGUGGCAAAAGCUUCCAGUCGGCUGCGGUGGAAUGGUUUCCUAAGUUUGGGUUGCGCCGCAUAGACGCGGUGCUCAUCACCCAUGCGCAUGCCGAUGCCAUGAAUGGUUUGGACGACCUGAGAGGAUGGACUUUGCGCGGCGCAAUUCAACUCCAUAUAGACCUGUACGUGUCUAUGAACACAUUCAAGGAGGUUCAGCGUGCCUUCCCGUACCUCAUUUCCAAAGAAUAUGCUUCUGGUGGCGGAGAUGUACCCGAAUUCAAGUGGCACAUCAUAGAGGAAGGCGUCCCGUUUGAGAUUGGGGGUACUGGCGUUCAGAUAACGCCGUUCGCAGUGCAUCACGGCCGCAUAUUCACUCCCGCACCCCCUGUGGAGAUGCCCAUUACGCCCCAUUCCUUGUCCCCGGCAUCAACCGCUGCUUCCUCGCCCAACGUUCCUGGUACACCACUCCAUGCGGAGGACCUUCCCACGUCGUCGCCUGCCGAUGCGAUACAGCCUUACUUGUGCUUCGGCUUCAUAAUCCAAGAUGCUAUCACCUACAUCUCCGACGUUUCGCAUAUUCCGGAGCACGUAUGGGCAAUGUUCAAGUCUCGAGGGAAGGUACCUCCGGUCUUAGUGCUGGAUUGCCUACGGAUACUGUCGCAUACGUCGCAUCUCGGCAUUGAAGACUCGGUCGAGACGGCGAGACGGAUGGGGGCGAAACGGACGUAUUUGCUCGGCUUCAGCCAUGAUCUGCAGCAUGACGAUUGGGUCACCAUUACAGAAGCGGCUGGCGGAGAGAACCACGAAGGAUCGAAGCUCGCCCUGAUCGAAAAGCACGGACUCCAUGGCCUCCGCGAAGGCGAUCCAAUUUGGGUCCGGCCUGCUUUUGAUGGUCUGCGAGUUUUCGUUUCUGGAGAGGGUAGCGUGCGAGAUGAAGGUUAUUCGCGAUAGAGUCGGUGACGGAUACAGUAUUUAGACUUGAAGUCGGUAUAAUGUGCUUGGUUAUCUGGGGCAUCUGCAUGAACUGUACUAUUUAUGCCACUAUUGUUGAUAGCUCGCGGCGAG